UGGCUCUCCGUUUACGUCGCUGUAUGUUGACGUGUUCUUUAGCUUCUUCCUCGUUAGCCACCUAGCAGUUAGCUGUCGGUCCUUGCGAGUGUGCGGUCCAAGAAAGAACUGACAGCUGGCUGGCUUCGCUGACAGUUUUAACCCGUGACCAUGGCGGCCGACUGGGAAGAGAUUCGCCGGCUCGCCGCUGAUUUCCAGAAAGCUCAGUUUGCAGACACCGUUCAAAGGUUGUCUGAGAGAAACUGCAUUGAAAUUAUUGCCAAACUGGUUCAAGACAAGAAGCUGGAUGUAGUGCACACACUCGAUGGAAAGGAGUACAUCACCCCGGCUCAGAUCACCAGGGAAAUCCGAGAUGAGCUCUAUGUUCAUGGAGGAAGAAUCAACAUUGUGGACCUCCAGCAGAUCCUCAAUGUGGAUUGGGUCCACAUUGAAAACAGAGCAAACGAUAUUGCAAAGUCUGACAGAGGGACUCAGCUUAUUCUGGGACAGCUGAUCGAUGCCACGUAUCUGGACCGUUUAGCUGAAGAGGUGAAUGACAAGCUGCAGGAGGCUGGUUUGAUCAGUAUUGCAGAAUUGUGUAAAAGUUACGACCUCCCAGGAGACUUCUUAACUGUGGAGUUGUCCAGGCGUCUCGGAAAGCUCAUCCAGGGAGAAAUGGACCAGUACAACAGAGGUGUCAUAUUUACCCCUGCAUUUGUCUCCCGUCACAAAGCCAGAAUACGAGGGCUCUUCAGUGCAGUCACAAGGCCGACGCCUGUCAGCAGCAUGAUGGGAAAGUUUGCUUUUCAGGAACAUCUUUUGUACUCUGUCUUGGAAGAGUUGGUGAACACUGGACGUCUGAAAGGAAGUGUGGUUGGUGGCCGACAGGACAAAGCAGUUUACAUCCCCGAUAUCUACGCCAAAACACAGAACGCCUGGGUGGACGCUUUCCUCCAGCAAAAUGGGUAUUUAGAGUUUGAUGCGUUAGUGAGACUCGGGAUCCCUGAUCCUUCCAGCUACAUUAAGAAGCGCUUUAAAUCCAACAAGCUGCUGUUCCUCAGAGGAGCAUGUGUUGGUCAGACUCUGGUGGACCAGGUGGAGGCUACUGUGGAGGAGGCUGUUAACUCGGCCACGUGGGCUGACCUUCAGCCCAUUCUGCCCACUUGCCUGUCGAUGGAGGACGUUGGGAUGCUCAUCAACCAGGCCAUGAGGAACACUAAUAUCCAGUCCUCUGCCAGGAUGAUUGGAGGCACCGCUGUAGUCAGUGAGAAGUUCAUCAGUAACUGUCUGUCUUUAUUUGACGAGGCCAUGCAGCAGAAGGCUCAAAAGGAGGUCAAGAACAAUCCGGUGUUUCUUGUUACUGAAGAGGAUCUGAAGCAAGCAUCCGUUAUGAUGGAGAGCUCAGGACUUUCCAAAAAGGAGAAGAGAGAAGCAGAGCGGAGGAAGAAGGCUGCAGAGGGCAGUGGAAGUGUGAAAGCAGGAGGAGGAGGAAACGCCCGAGAGAUCCGCAUUCGUAAAACCAAGAAGAAGGGGAGGAGAGACGAAGAAAGCGAUGACGAAACCGGACCUUCACAGCAAAAUCGCAGCAAACAGAUUGAAGCUCCAUUUAUGACCCAGGAGGAGAUAUUCUCAGUUUUAGAGGAGAGGGUGAGUGACUGCCCAGAAGAAAUCCUCUCUGAGCUGGCAGAGCAGUUAGUGAGGCCUCUGGCUAAAACCUAUCAGGAGGUGCUGCGGACGGUGUUCAUGUCAUCCACCAGCUCUCCGUCAGGGACCAAUAAGAAGAAGAGCAUGAAGGACCUCCAGGAGGAGAUCUCCAACCUGUACAGCAACGUCCGACUGUUUGAAAAAAGCACCAAGUUCUUCUCUGAUGAGACGCAGGUCAACAUCAUCAAGCAUGUCCUGAAGACUGUGUGUACCGACGUCACCAACAUCCUGGUCAACUUCUUGGCUGCUGACCUGAUGAUGUCCGUGGAGAAUGCCAGCACCAUCACCACCGAGGUCAGACUGAAGAUUUUGGGAAAACUGUCCGAGGAGACCAGAGGACCUCUGAUGAAGCUGCACAGCUCCCUGAACGGAAAAAUGCUUGAAGACUUUCUGUCAAACCUGGAGUCGUGUGCUGAAGUGUGUGGAUUCAUGCUGAAGAAGGGCGACAAGAAGAAGGAGAGACAGGCUCUGUUCCUGCACCGCCAGGCUCUCACCGAGCAGCUGAAGGACACGGAGGAUCCAGCUCUGGUCCUCCACCUGACCAGCGUGCUGCUGUUUCAGGCCAGCACCCACUGCAUGCUGCACGCCCCGGGCCGCUGCGUGCCUCAGGUCAUCGGCACGCUCACGGGCCGGAUACCCACAGAGCAGCAGCAGCUGCUGUCGUCCUAUCAGAGCCUGGUGGUGAAGCAGCUGGUGAGCCAGGGCAGGAAGCAGGAGGAGGCCGGGGAGCGGGACGAGGAGGCCCAGAGCGUCCGCUCACAGCUCACAGCCCUGACUCCUCGGGUGAAGGAGCUGGUGUUGUCCCAGAGGAGGACGUCUGUCAGUGAGGACUGAAUGUCACAUCACAGUCUUACAUGUUCAAAGUUUGGGAUAAUCCAUGUGAGAAUGAUUUUAAGUUAUUAAAGGAAAUUCCUUCGUGGGAUGUCAGAAUAUGCUUCCAGUUAAUUUUUGUAAUAAACUUUUACUGCAAAUAUUUAAAAGAAAUGAACUUUUCACAAGUUACGUCCUGCAGGAUGGACUGAAUUAACCCGACACAUUAACUCCGACACAGUAACACAUAUCUGACUCGGACUCUUGUGUAGUAACUUCACGUCUCAGCUUUCUGUACAGACCAGGAUUAAACAUACAGCCCUGGUAGUUGUGCGGAAAUACUUGAUUUAUUUUGAUUAUGUCAUGUCAGACAGGAGGCAGAGAAAAGAGGCCUCGUGAUGAAGAGCUUAAAAACAGAAUGGACACGAGGGAAUGUACAGUACAUGUAAUUUCAUACCUUCUAGAUGUGAAUAAACAGAAAUGAUUGGACUGAUGAGCCUGUGCUGCUUUCAAGGCCUCAUGGAGUUCCAUGAUUUAUCAGGUGACUGUAACUUCUUGUUUCAACACAUGGGGGCAGCAAAGACCAACAAACAGCUGCCCACUCCAUGCC